GUGCAGUGCCCUUCUCCAAAUUCCAAAAUCCCACAAUGCCCAUCUCCCGCUCGUGUCUGUCAUUGUCAACUUUGAUGGUGGAUUUCAGACCUUUGGUUGUCGUUCCUCACUCGGCAUCUUCCACUCCAGCCCACGGGCAAUCCACAUCAUAGGGCAAGGCAUCCCCCCUGACGGCCAGUUUUCCAGGGGCCAGGUACCUUAGACGUGAUCACAUGUCACGAAAUCACCUACGCUAGCCAUGCAUCGUCUCUCCUCGACCGAACAACACUACGUGCCUCCCUCUACCUAGUGUGCUUUCGAUCAUCAAGACGUCCAUCGUAUUGUUGACACAGCGUUGGAACUAUCAAUCGGAAAGACGCGAAGGCGCUGCUAGCAGCAUUCACGAAAAGCAGCGAAGUUUGGUGUCCGCCAGAAAGCCCGGAUCAGCGAUAUCGAAAACCUAUCAUGGUUACAGUCGAUGAUAGACCCCGUCUGACGGAGGAGGAAAAGAAGCAGAAUCAUAUCCAAUCUGAGCACAAACGACGAACGCAAAUCCGCAAUGGCCUCGAAGCCGUCAGCAAGAUAGUCCCCGGCUGCGAAAACCUGCAACGGUCCGAGGGCGUGCUGCUGCACAAGCUGGUCGAGUUCAUGGCGGUCCACAUGGAGGAGAGACAGAAGAUGAUUGAGGAGCUGGAGAGCUUGGGGGAGGAAGUUGAUCCUCAGAUGAAAGUGUGCCUGAGAAACUUGGACGACUAUCACAAGAACCGAAGUAAACCAGACGAAGGGGCAAUGUCUGCUUCGAGGUCACCGACGAAGGAACCGGGAGAGCAGCCGGGGGAACAAGGGGAGGAGGAUGAUUCACAUGCGGGAUAUUGACUUGGGAAAGGGAACCAUUAAGGGUCUAAGGAAUAAACUUGGACAGUUCGAAAAGGCGAUGGGAUCAGGAGGAAGUGGUUUGCGUUGUUGGUGCGGCUAACAACAGGGUGGAUUUGGGGUUCAAAGCAUUCAGUAUAUACCCUUUUUUUUUUCUGGACAUAAUUUGACAAUUUCAGCGAUCGUCCCAAAGAGUAUACUCCUGAGAUGAUGUCUGACUUCUCGACGCCGGUCUCGGGCUGAUGUUGAAU